AUGUCGACGGCAUCUCAUUGUUGGAGCUCUGCUGAAAGCUUGACCAACACCCACACCUCCUCAUUCGUCGACACCAACCCAGACUACAGCGCUCUACGAAAAGCAUUCACCAAGUUCCAAAACAAACCCAAACAACGGCAUACAAUCCUUAAGCAGCAUGUUAUACCUUGGCUUCAGAAAUCAGAUACAUCAUCAUCAUCAUCAUCAUCAUCACCAUCGUGGUCAACAGGAACAGGGGAAAAAAGAGGAGGUCAUCCUAUCAAGUCAAGCAUGACUUCCACCACCAACGACACUGCUGCGAUGGAUCAACAAAGCAACAAUAACAACAACAACAACAAAAUGUUUGCCAACAAUCAGGGGUUUUGGAGUCAAAAGGCAAAUGUGAUCAUUAGUGGGGCACAGCAACACUUGGCAAAAGAGCAUCGGGAUGACGUGUCAACUGGAAGAAUCAUGCUUUUGAGAUGGUGGCGCGUAUUGAUGAACAAUAUUCCUCAUGUCCCACAUACUGAACGACCCAUUUACUUGGAAUGUAUCAUUGAUAUCAUGGCAAGAUACGAAUUCAGUGAAUAUGACAAGACGACCGCCAAUGAUUACAAUCUAUGGUGCAGCAGCAACAACAACAACAACAGCAACAAUCAUCAUCAUCAUGGAUCUGGAGGAGGAGGAGGAGGAAGUGCAACAGCAGCCUAUGAGGAAUACCGACACUUGUUAAUUGGCACGCUUCGAUAUGCUAUCAGCAAACUCAAUCAAAAAGCCAUCUAUGCUAAUAUGGUUGCUUUUUCAUCCAAAGUGCUCGCCAUGUGCUUUUUCAAGAUCCCGUGCGUUGCUGCAAUAUUACUACAAGCACUACGUGUCAAACCACAAACGAUUAGAAGAGUGCGUUCAGAAAUGGGCCAUUCAAUGGAUGAAUGCACGAUGCAUAUGCGAGAAAGCUUAUUACCCGUGUUUGGUUGUCAUUUGCAUGCGCUAAUGACUGCAGACCCGCGAUGCUACACAAAUGUGAUUCAAAAAAGCUGCAGCUGCAAAGAUCCUCCCGUGCCACUCUCCGGAAACUGGAUCCGAAGGUGGCAGAGUGAUGACAGUGAUCUCUUUUUCUUUUUCUAUCGUCACUAUCAUGCAACCCUUGGCUCAAUGCUUGUACGUGCGUACCCCUCCGUUUCAACGCAGGAGUUGCAUCGACGCAACAUGUUCCUAGCAUCAUCACCAGGCUAUAUUUACUUUGCUGCCUACUUUUCAGAUAAAGUCAACUCGUUAUUAAAGCGACAAUUGCACCAAGUCACCACUGUACUUCAUCAACAAUGCCCUUCAUCAUCAACCACCACCUUAGCAACCGGUAUGCAGGUACAACAGCAGCAACAACAACAACAACCAUCUACAUCAAUGUGGAACCCAACUACAACAGCAGCAGUGGAAAAUGAACGAUUGGCUAAUCCUAUCAUGUCGACAAUGGAUAUAACACGAAACGAUCUACAACAACAACAACCAUCCGUUGCCAUGGCAGCAGGCCAACAACAGCAGCAACAACAACAACAACAACAACAAAUGGCGGUUGGAGGCAAGCCACGUGCAUUGGAAAUGGCCACGCGCAAGUAUGCAGAAUGCAUGGUGUGGUGUGCAACACGUUCCCAUGGGGUGUUUCAUGAUAUGCUGAAUGUGUGGAUACGAUCCAUCAUCAAACGUGUCAGCCUUACUGCUACAGAGGCCGUCUUUUGUCUUUUGGAUUUUAUGGAUAUAGUAUUGGCUGGCUUGGAUAAAACAAAGCCAUGCAAAGAGAAAAGCACAACGUCAUCAUCAUCACCAGUCGACGUACCCUUUAUUCUGCACACGAUUCACAUUUUAUUGGCCAAAUCCGAUCACACAGUCAAUCUUUUGCGUGCAUUGUCAUUUGUUUACAGUCAUUUCGCGUUCCUCACUUCACGAGCCGUAUUACUCGACAUGCUGUGCAACCGUAUUUUGUUGGAGCCUUAUAUUUUUGAAAAGUUGCUAUUACAUUGGAGCCGCAACGUGCGUCACUUUUUCUGGCGAUGUCUGUUUUGGCGAGUUGGGAGGGUUUGGUCACAUCGAGAAAUCAAAUGGCCAGAUACACAAAGGGGAAAGGAGACUUGUGAUGGACUUUCAUGCUUCCAAUCAUGGUGUGACGACAAAACAGAACCAAUCCCUUGCUACGAAGCGCUGAUGGAGUGUAUCCAAGGACACGAAAACAAGGCCUAUAAACGAUGUGCGCUGGAGGUACACAUCUUGCUGGAAUCCAUGUUGGCGUCAUUAUUGGAGCAACACAACAAUGAUGUGGUUCACCCAGAGAGUUGUCAACUUGAUCCUUAUCCAAUGCCACGCUUUACAAGCAUGUUGACACGACUUGUCACCGAAUCAGCGACAACAACAGCAGCAGCAACAAGGAGAUCAGUGCGCAACCAUCUCAUUGCACCACAACCUUCACAAAGCAUGACCAUGCCAACGAAGAACACCAAAGCUGACACCAACGGCAACAACAGCAGUAGUAAUAAGACGAGAGGACAACGACAACGAGGUUCAUCUAUUUUGAGACGUACGCUCUUUCCACGCAUUAACAAUAACACACGUGACGGCAACAGUACUCGUCUUUUCCCCUUUUUGAGUACAUCAGACGACAAAAAGACAAAGCAUCAUCAACAACCACCACCCCCUAUCAAAGUAGUUGACGGCAGAAACAGCAGCAGCGUUGAUGAGUGGAUCUCAUCCGCAAAUGAUGCAUUAUCAUCAUCACCAUGCAUUGAAGUAUAUACAGUUUCAUCUUAUCAUUCGGCAUCCUCUGAAGAUGGUAGUACUACUACUACCACUACUACGGCUAAUACGACUGGCAACAACAACAACAGCACUGCCACCAUCACAUUAUCCAAUGCAUCUACACCAUCCAUUGUUUCAGAACCUUCCGUUUCAUCAUCAUCAUCAUCUUCACUCUCUUGCUCAUCCUCCUCUUCUUCUUCCAAAAGCAGUAGUAUUCAACAAUGUUCUUCGGACGUGACACCAUCAUCUUCAUCCCCAUCCAGCAAACUCCUCUUGCCGUUAUCGUCACCUCCACAACAGCGAUUAUCCAUUCUCGAGGCACUUGGAUCAUCAUCACCCAACAAUAGUAGUAACACGACGCAUCAUCAUCAUCACCAGCAACAAAAUUUACUCUUGGACCGGCUUUCGGUAGCACGCCAAUGGAAGUAUUCUUCACGACAUCAUGUUUACGCAUCCAAAAGCAUUGCCGAAAUGAAUGGAGUCAUGGAAGAGUAUACUGCAUGGAAGAAAUCACGCUCGGUGACACAUGACGAGAAGAAACUCGUGUCCUAUGCACCCAAUCUCUGUCUCGAUUGGCCAAAGAGCUGGAACAUGCCAUAG